UCACCGCUGUGCAAUUUUUACUGCAACUAAACGUGAAAUUAUCGAACAAUUGCAAAAUCUUCUCCAUGAGCAUAAUGAAUUGGUCAGAUUGUUCAAAACCGCAUUGGAUAUAAUGCAUUAUGACGAACACAAAAUCAUUAUCAGCGCUGACAAAAGACCCACAGGUAGCCAUGCAAGACAAUUUAAUGCUCCCACUAUCAAUGAAGUCGCAGUGGUGAUUGUUGGCGAGAAUGUGGAAUCACGCGAUAUUGUUCUUAAGCGUCGGGAUGAUGGCCAAUUGCAGCGAGUUUAUGAGACUCAUCGGUCAUAUGAUGCUCUUCAAUACCCGUUGAUGUUCUGUCGUGGAGAAGAUGGUUAUCACUUCAACAUAAAGAUGGUUAAUCCAAUGACAGGAGAAGAAACGAAUAAGAAGGUCAGCUCUAUGAAUUUGUAUGCGUAUCGAUUGAUGAUUCGACUAGAUGUUGACAAUCAUCUGUUAAGAUACCGCCGUUUGUUUCAACAGUACUGUGUCGACAUGUACGUCAAAGUAGAAACGGAACGUCUCAAUUUUAUUCGUUUUAAUCAGUCGAAGUUGCGCUCAGACGAGUACAUCCACUUGCGUGACGCCAUCGCUACUGAAGGACACGCGGCCAACAUCGGUUGUUUGACCAUUCUCCCAGCUACUUAUGUUGGAAGCCCGCAUGAGGCAUGAGUGUGCUCAAGAUGCGAUGACGAAUGUCCGGAAUUACGGGCGCCCGGAUUUAUUCAUCACGUUCACGUGCAAUCCGAAAUGGCCCGAAAUUACCAAUCUGUUGCUUCCAGGACAAGCAUCCAGCGAUCGACCGGACAUCACUGCACGAGUAUUCAAGCAAAAGAUCACAGUA